AAUGUAUUUUACUUCAAUACCUCAAAUCCAAUCCCAAAAAAUUCAUCAAUGGUAUUCACUCUUAUGGAUGAUGUCUCCUUUGAUAUUCCUAGCUAUCAAAAAGGAUUUUAUCCAAUUUAUUGGGAUGAAUCAAUAGAGAAAUUCUAUUGCAAUUUUAUAAUACCCAAAAACACAAUACCGGGAGAUAUUAAUUAUUAUAUAUUUUUUUCACAUGAUAUGUGGUAUGGGGAAUCAGUUUUAGACCUUCCAUUGGUUGUUUCUUCUUCAAAAUUCGAUAAUGAUGGGCCUAUGAUCAAAAGUAUUGUUAAUUUAAAUAGUUAUGGUAAAGUUGGUUGGAGAGUUUUAAUUGAAGAUUUAAAUAAUGGUUUCAAGAGCGGUUAUGUUAAAGCAGUUGGUUUAGUAGAUGGUUCCAUUUUCAAAUUUAAUUUUACAUCAAAUGAGGCAAAUCCACAAAGUACUAUACAUAAUUCAGAAUUCGAUUUAGUCAUUAAUAUUACCAGUCCAUGCAUUUCUCAACAAUAUCAAAUAACAUAUAUUUAUUUAUUGGAUACAAAUAACAUGGAAUCUGAGUUUGGACUUUAUGAAUAUAGAUUUGAAGGUUUUAAAAAUCCAUUAAGAUAUCUUUUAGAUAAACAAGAGCUUUUAAAUUCUGAAUCUGUUUGCCAAAAUUCCGUUUUAGAUCCUUCAGGUCCAGUUUUAUCAUCUUUUUUCCCAAGUGUUUUGGAAGUUGAUGUAGGUACAAAUGAUAGAGUGGUUUCAUUCACAUUUACUGCAGAAGAUCCAGAGAGCGGUUUAAUGCCUACUCAAAACCCUAUAGUAUAUUUAUUAUCAUCUCAAAUGAACCUAUUAGAAUGCCCCGCAAAUAUAACUUCUUUUGAUCCACUAUAUAAAAAGGUUAACUACUUUUGCCAAAUUACUGUUCCAGUUGGUUUUGGUUAUCCUUUGGGUAUCCAGGUUUCAGUGUAUGGCUUAAUAAAUAAUGGAGGAUUUUUUAAAGGUUACAGUUGUUCAGAUUUAGCAUAUAAUUCAUUUAUAUCUUCAAUACAGGUAAAAUAUUCAUUGGAUACACCAAUUAUCUCUGAUUUCGAAAAAUAUCUUUGUUCAGAUCAAUUAAUAGUUUAUGGAAAAAUCUUAAAGGAUGUAAUUAAAGCUCAAAUUGAAGUAGAUGGCCAAAUAAAAAAUAUUGAUAUUAAAAAAAUAAUAGGUAGUUCAGUUGUAUUACUUAAGCUAGAUCCAAUUUUUGAUCAAUUUAAAGUUAAAUUAACAAAUAAAGACAAUGUGGAUUCAAAUUGGUUCACAAUUAACCCAACUUAUUUUAAAAAAAACAAUCCAAAAACACCAUCGCCAUCAAAUACUCCGGCACCAACAAAUAAACCUCAAAAAUGUUUGGGUUCUCCAGUGUGUGGAGGAAAAGAUCAUGGAUAUUGUAAUGGAAAUACAGGGUGUGUAUGCUACUCUCCAUGGAUUGGUAAUGAUUGCUUAUCAAAAAUAGUUUAUGUAGACCCACCUAAAACAAAUAUAACUGGACCAUCAACUGAGAUACCUGUUAUAAGUGACAAUGAAAACAGUAAUAAUCAACAAGGAAUAUUUUAUUCAUCAUUUGUUUCUUUAGCAUCUUUAAGAGAAAUCGACUAUCAAGAUAAUAUAGUCUAUAAUUAUACAUUUAAAGAAUGGGUUUUUACCGAAAUUGAUACUUUAACAAGUAAAUAUCAAACUAAUAUAACAAUUGGUGAAAAUCAAGUUAGGGUUACAGCAGUUUUGAAAUGGUUUGUAAAUGAAACUCAAAUAGAAUUCGCAAAUCAAAAUUUAACCAUGAACCCCUCUUCAAUAAAGUAUACUGUAGAGAUAGAAAACUACCCAUUUGCAAGUCAAUUAAAUCAAUUACAGUUGAUUAUGUAUGCAGCCCUCCUAUCCAAUAAAUCCAAAGAUAUUUGCUCUACCAAAGAAUUUGGUGAAACAUCAUCUGGUGAUAACUCAAACUAUUUAAAUAUUCAGGUUAAUGAUCAUUCAUUGUAUGGUAGAUUUAUAAAGCGUUGUAUAGUUGAUGAUGAUAUUUUAAAAACAGCAUACAAUCAACUAUUAGAUUCAUCUUUAAAUAAAAUUGUUGAUGGCUCAAAUCAAGUGCAAACCUUUAUUGGUAUUACAAUACCUUGGUUUAAUUCAAGAGUAGUUAUCGAUCCGGAUUUCUCAGUGUUAAUAAAUAGUUUCUCUGCAUCUCCAUCUCAUCCAAAUUCAAUUUGCUCAUCAAGUAACAGUUUAUCAAAAGGAAAAAUAGCUGGAAUUGCAAUAGGAGGAUUUGCCUUUGCUUGCAUAAUUGCUGUCGCUGUUUCUUAUGCUAUAAUACGUCAUAAAGAAGAUAAAAAAUUUUCAAAAAAUUUCAAUAGAAAACUAAAUGAAUUAAAUAAAACCUAA